UUUCUUCCCAUAAAAUCUUCCAAGUUCCGUACUUUACUCGGAAUUAGCCUUCAAUAAAGCGCUAAACCCGUAACAGAACACAUUCUGGCGCUCAUGCUUCCUCCCUCACUCUGAACCCCAAAUGGUGCAGCCACUGCACUCAAGUGUGUGUGAUUCUGAGUGACACUGUUUCUUACGGUGGACCCGUAAUGAAAGGAGUUUCCUUCAAUGGGUUUUCCUUAUUCUUGCUCUUCUUCUUCACUCUCUUCAUGUCUCUGAGCUCGAUUUCAGCUCUGUCUCAAAGUGGCUCCGACCUGCCUCCGGUGAAGUUUAUCAUAGGAGGAGAAGAGAAUUUGGGUCCAUGGAAGUAUGAAAUGAGUCAGAUGACACACAUGGGUCCAGCACCAGGGCCUAAUGGUGAGGAUACUCUUGUCUUGGCGGCAAACAGGACCAAAAGACCCGACAUUCUUAGAGGAUUUCGACGAUACCGAGGUGGUUGGGAUAUUACAGAUCGCCAUUAUUGGGCUUCAGUUGGAUUCACGGGUGCGGCUGGUUUCAUUCUUGCUGUGCUAUGGUUCAUCUCGUUUGGCUUAGCACUUGGGAUUCAUCUAUGCUGUGGAUGGGGAAUUAGUAUCAAACACAAAGAAUCAAAUCGUUCACAAAGGAUUUGUCUUAUACUGCUGAUAUCAUUCACCUUUGCAGUAGUAACGGGAUGUAUCCUUCUUUCUGUUGGGCAAGAUAAGUUUCAUGGCGAGGCCUUGGGUACCCUACAAUAUGUUGUUAAUCAGUCAGAUUAUACAGUGCAGACUCUAAGAAAUGUCACCGAGUAUCUCUCCCUUGCAAAAACUAUCAAUGUCAAUCAGAUCCCUCUUCCAUCUGAUGUCAUGGAUGAUAUUGACAAGUUGAAUGUGGAUCUAAAUACUGCAGCAAAUACACUUUCGGAGAAGACGGAAGAAAAUUCUGUUAAAGUUCGAAGAGUAUUCGAUGCUGUGCAUCUAGCUUUGAUAGUCGUGGCAGCAGUGAUGCUUCUGCUGGCAGUAAUUGGAUUGUUGCUAUCUAUCCUCGGACAUCGACAUGCAAUCCUCAUAUUUGUUAUCAGUGGUUGGUUACUGGUUGCAACCACAUUCAUUCUUUGUGGAAUGUUCAUGAUCAUUAAUAAUGCAAUUUCUGAUACCUGUAUGGCUAUGGGAGAAUGGGUGGAGAAUCCACAUACAGAAUCCGCACUUAGUGAUAUUCUUCCAUGUGUUGAUCAGAGAACCACAAACAAAACACUUUUUCAAAGUAAGCAAGUAGUCAACAACAUUGCGAAUGUUGUCAAUCAGUUCAUUUACAACACCGCGAACAUAAAUGCAACAAAAGGUAGUCUGGGUUACUACAACCAGUCUGGGCCUGGAAUGCCAUCUUUGUGCUAUCCCUUUGACCCUCAGUAUCAAGAGCGGCAGUGUACAGCUCAAGAAGUUUCUUCUGCCAAUGCUUCAAUGGUUUGGAAGAACUACGAAUGUGAGGUAUCUGAAUCUGGUAUUUGCACAACAGUUGGGAGGGUGACCCCGGCGAUUUACUCGCAAUUAGUUGCUGCAGUUAAUGAAAGCUAUGCAUUAGAACAUUACACACCGCUUUUGCUUAACCUUCAGAAUUGCAAUUUUGUCAGGGAUGCAUUUGCAGGAAUCACCACAAGUUACUGUCCUCCAUUAACCCAUUAUCUCAAGAUUGUCAAUGCAGGACUGGGACUCAUUUCAGUUGGCGUCUUGCUCUGCCUUGUUCUCUGGUUACUAUAUGCCAACCGCCCCGGAAAAGGGGAUGUGUUUGGGAAGCUAUCCUUAUCAGAAAAACUAAAGAGCAGAUUUAGCAAGAACCGCAAUAGUACGAAUUCGUCAUUGUCAAAUGCUGGUAGUGAAGUAUAGAUUGUAAAAUAGUUUUUAGUAUAAAUAUAGGCUUAUAUAUUAUUUUACUGUGCCACAUAUAGCGGGAAGAAACAAAGGUGGAGCGAAGCAACAUCUUUAGUUGGAGAAUAGUAACCAAAGUAGUGUAUACCAUAUACAUAUACAUUUUGCCUUUGUAAAGAAUAAGCUAUUUUACAAGAUUUUUCAGCUUUGGACCUUCUC